AGAAGACUGGGAACGGUGAAGCGGUAAAAAUUUCAAGUAUGACUCGUACUUGAGAUGGCACGGGGCGUUUCACCAAGAAGUCAAUGACGGAACAUCGUAGGAAACGAAUAAGUAAUUCACAGAAGUCCAUUUCUUUGCAAAAUGACUCUUUUACACCAGCUGCUGGCAGCGCUUUAUACCUUGACCAUUCUUAUCAGAGCACUUUACAGCCUCCCGAUGUUGGGAAACUAUCUCAAGAUGCAUUUGAUGAUAUAAAUGAACUUUUUUUUCUGGCAAAUUGAAACCAUUGAACUCAUCACGUUUUGUUAUUGAUUUACAUACUUUCUGUACAAAUAUGAAAUGUACAGUUUGCGCAAGAAAUGUUUUGUUGGAGGACGCGGUGAGAGUUUUACCUGCGGGAGUUAAUGGCCAAUUAAUAGUUAAAUGCUGGUCAUGUUCCGAGUUUAUACGUGUGGCGAUGGACAAGACACAUAGUGGGAAAGGAGAUACCAAUACGGGACCCAAGAUUUUUGAUGUAAACACCAAGCUAGCAACAGCAAUGUACCAUAUUGGAAUUGGACCAACUCAGCUAAAAAACUUUUUGUCAGUGUUAAAUCUUCCAAUGCCUGCAUCCAAGACAAUACAGAGGAGAUGUGAGGAAGUUGGCUCUACACUUGAGAGGUUGGCUUGUGAGUCAACUGAUAAAGCCCUCCAAAGAGAAGUUGAAUUGUCAACUGAAGUUUCACCACUUUUGAUGUGUGCUGAUCAAUCCACUGGAAUUUCAGUAACAGACAGUCCUGAUCAAACUGUCAACAUUGGUGCUCCUGCCCAAGAUAAUUACUUAACAGAUGAAGAAU